AUUUGAGCCUUUUGAAAUCCAAUUCCCUCUGGUUUCUACUUCAACGUUUCGUGUAACAAACGAUGCUCACUAGUUUAUCAUUUCUGCGCGUAGCAUGUUGUCUCUUUCUUAUAUGUGUCUACGUGCCUCCGGGCGUUUCUGCAAGCAUGUGGGACUCCACCGGUGCUGAAAAAAUAGCGGAGGGUGCGCAUAUAGGACGCAAGCGGCCCGCUUCUUCUGUCGAUGAAUCAUCAUCAUACCAAAUGGCACGAUUGGAUCCCUCAUCCCAGGCCCAACUGGCUGUUUCCAGUUUCAGAAGAAACGAUGACAUGGUGUUCAGGGAUGGCUUUGGGACUCACCAGGAGCCGCUAGCCGGGCAACCUCCGGGCUCACAAAAUUCCAACCUACACGGGUCUAUGGAGAACGAUUUGCCAGGUCGCGCUGAGUCAAUCGGCCUUGGAACUAGCAGUCACACAAAGCACAGUGGUCAGUCCAACUAA